AUGAGUUCGGUACCCAAUGAUGAGAAGAUAGAUCAAGCAGAGGAAAUAAAUCGGGAAGAGCACAGCCAAGAAUCAAAUUCUGUUCCCACGCAAACAAUCACAGAUAAUGAUGAAUACCAGGAUCAUGAUCAAGUGGAGCAACAGCCUCUAACUGCGGAACGUUUAGACCAAAAACAAGUGGAGGAAAUGCAAAAUUUGCGGUCAAAUAGCGGUCAAGACGCACCACCUGAUUUAGAACUGGAAUCUUUAACCCACUUGAAUGCAGAAGAUGUAAGCAGUAGAGGAAAACAAGACAACAAUGUGGGAGAGCCUAUAGACAGUGCUGCAAACAUGGAUCAAGAGGGUAAAGAAAAUGGAAACAAUAUUAAUGAACAAAUUACAGAGAGCAGUACUUUCAAAUCUGAUGAUAUCAGCAAGGGGGAAGAGGACGUUAAACAAGACGAGAGGGAAAACGCAGACAUCACUGAAGUGGAGAAGCAGGACAAUGCAGAUAACCUAAACCAUUCUAAGGAUCAAAAACUAGAAGCGGACGCUGUUGUGGACAAACAACUACCUUCGAUACCAGUGGAGCAAACACCUCGAGAUGAACCUUUCCAAGAUACAAAGCACGUUAUAGAAGCAGUAUCGAAUGAAAGUGUUUCCGAAAAUCCAGUCGAUGACGAUGUUGAGGGACAGCAACAAGCAGCGCAAACGGAGCAAAACACAGAUAUAAAUGCAUACGAGGAUAUAGACAUUCCAAAGGAGAGUGAUGUUGUGGAAGGUCGUGACUCAAGGCAAAUUGGGGAGGUAAAUUCUUCAGAAGGCCAACAUACACCUGAAGAAGGUGUAAAACCUUUUUUGGCAGAUGCAAAACCUAGCGGUAACGAUCAGGUUGAUAGACAACAAGCUAAAAAUAACGAACAAUUUUCAAGUCAUGCAAUGGAGAUAGACCAUCUGAAUGAAUUUGCUUCUGCUGAGGGUAUAAAAGAGUAUGACCAAGAGGAGUUGAACCAAGAACUAGGCGAAGACGAAAAUUUGAAAUAUACCCAAGCCGAUGAUCCAGCAUUUGAUGCUGAUUUCAACGCCGAUGAAGAUAUCAAUUCUAACGAUAAUUUUGAUAGCUCCUUUUUGAUGGGAGACGCCAACGACGCAUCAAAUGACGAAGACACUGAAAUGAAAGACGUGCUGAAUAAUGAGAGUAAUCUUGUGAAGCAGGAGUCAACUCCGUCUGUUGGAGAGAAUCACGGGGGUGAGCACGCUGUCUCCGAACAGGAGUCACAACCUGUGCCGAACGAGCAAACUUUACCAUUUGCGGGAGCAAAUGCACAAGAAAAUUAUGAACAAUUUCCUCCAGAUCCAUCAGUCAAAUCUAAAACAACGUCGAUAGCGGGUGAUGAAGACGAACAAGAACAAGUUGUUGAAGAGGAUCUUGAAGACAUUGAAAAGACAACUCCAAAAGUCAAACAAACUCAUUUAAUUGUGAUUCCAUCUUAUGCAAGCUGGUUCAAUAUGAAAAAGAUUCACAGAAUCGAGAAGGAGUCUUUACCUGAAUUUUUUGAUUCCACUCAUCCUUCCAAAUCACCAAAACUCUAUGCCAAUUACAGAAAUUUCAUGAUAAACUCAUAUAGACUUAACCCAAAUGAGUUUUUAACAUUGACAUCAUGCCGCCGAAAUCUAGUGGGAGAUGUGGGUACUUUAAUGAGAGUACAUCGGUUCUUGAAUAAAUGGGGAUUGAUUAACUAUCAGGUCAAACCACAAUUCAAGCCAGGGUAUGCUAUCGAGAAAUUACCCAAUGGACUGCUGGUCGAUCUACCUUAUACAGGAGAUUUUCAUGUGAAGUUUGACACGCCAAGGGGUCUAUUCCCAUUCGAUAUAUCUAGGAUUCCACCAGAAAGGGUUGACAUUGGUAAAUUGAAGAGCCUUAUGCAGACUGAUUCAAUGUCAUAUGAAAGUAUUGAAAAGAAUGGUGUUAAUAAGAAGCGUUCUUUAGGUGAUGAAGAUGAAAGAAAAGCCAACGAACCAGUAGCGAAGAAACAAAAUGACGGAUGGAAUCAAGAAGAUGUUAAUAAAUUAGUGAAUGCAGUCAAGGCGCAUAAGAAUGAUUGGUACCAAAUCGCAGUUGCUGUUGGAAAUGACAAGACUCCACAGCAAUGCGUUCUCAAGUUUUUGAAAUUGCCUCUCGAGGACAAAUUCAAUCCAAUCAAAGAUGAUGACACCAGCGAUAUCCAACUUUUAAAAUUUGCUUCAAGUUACCCAAUUAAUUCAAUUGACAAUCCUGUGUUGGCUAACUUAGUCUUCAUGACCAGAUUAGUAGACAGUGAAGUAGCUAAAGCCGCAAGUGAAGCUGCUAUAAAGGCAAUGGAUGCCACAAUUCAACAGAAGGUGAUUGACAUUUAUGGAGACAAAAAAGACAAAGUCGAAGAAGAAGAGGGUAACGCUGAUCCUAGUGGAAAUGAUUCAGAACUCAAACAGGAUAGGUACAAAGAUGAAAAAGAGAGGCUGGAACAGAAUGGACAUAAGGAUCACAAUACACCAGCGUGUGAGGCAAUUGCAACCACCUUUGGUAUUGUAGGUGCACGAAGUCAUCUUUUUGCCAGCUACGAAGAACGAGAAAUGCAUAAGAUUAGUGCUAGUAUCAUUAACCACGAGUUGUCAAAGGUUGAGACAAAAUUGGCUAAGAUUGAGGAAUUAGAAAAGAUAUAUGAACGUGAGAGACAAAAUUUGGCAAGGCAGCAAGAGGAGAACUUUGUUGAUCGGUUGGCAUUAACCAAAUCUACGAUCGAUGUGAUUAAAAAGCUUGAAGAUGCUUCUCUGUACUUGGAAACUAAGGAAUCUGCCGAAAGCAAGGAAUUUGAUCAGGAUAAGUUCAGGAAACUCAUUUCCGAAGCAAGAAGCUUGAUUUACAAACCAACAAAACAACUGGUCGAGGAGGUAGACACGCUGACCGAUGACAAACCAGAUUUCAAAAAACACGAAUCUGAAGAAUUGGGAGCUGAUGACUAUAAGCCAUUGUCGUUGACAUCGCCACAAAAUUUUACUGUGUGGGCACCAUAA